AAAAUAAAAAGAUCAAACAAAUUUAAAAAUAAGGUCCUGGGCUCAAAUCCAAAAUCAUCACCACUUCCACAUUUCGUUUCUCCAAACUAAAAUAUUCUCUGCAGCUCCAGUUCCUUCAUCAAUGGAGACUCUGCGCCUCUUCCUCCACCACAUCCUCUCCUUCCACAUCACCCUCGCCGCCACCAUCUCCCACUACCUCUUCUCCCCCUUCUCCAAAAUCCGCCGCUUCCCAAUCUGCACUCCCGUCUUCGAGUGGAUCCUCUCCUUCUACUUCAAAUUCGCAUGCAACCUGAUCCAAUGCACCGUCGAUUUGGACGAUCAGACCACCAUGCAUUUCCUCGCCCCCGCCCACCGCAGAUUCAACAAGCCCAAUCUGUUGAUGAUCCAUGGCUACGGCGGCAACUCCAAGUGGCAAUUCGUCUACCAGGUGGCGUCGCUAGCGGAAUCCUUCAAUGUCUACAUACCGGACCUCCUCUUCUUCGGGAAAUCCUACACAAACCGCACGAACCGCACCGAGGCGUUUCAGGCGGAGUGCGUGGCGGCGGGGUUGAGGAGAUUGGGCGUGGAGAGUUGUUCGGUGUAUGCGAUCAGCUACGGCGGAUUUGUAUGCUAUCGGAUGGCUGAGAUGCACCCGGAGCUGGUGGAGAAGGCGGUGAUCGUGAGCAGUGGGGUCGGGUGCACGAAGAGCCAGAAGGGGGAGCAGAUGAAGAACGUGGGGGUUGAUGUACUGGAUCUGCUCCUUCCCCGGACGACAGUCGGAAUGAAGCGGCUGGUGGAGCUCUCCGUCUACAAGUCUAAUCCUCUGCGGUGGGCCCCGGAAUUCAUGCUCGAGGAGUUCAUUGACACAAUGUGCAACACUAACAGGAAGGAGAAACAAGAGCUAGUAGAACAUCUUUUGGCCAAUAGCGAAGAAUGCAAGAUUCGACCACUCAGUCAGGAAAUUUUGCUUGUUUGGGGCGACAAGGAUAAGAUCUUCCCUUUAAGCUUCGCCUAUCAGUUGCAAAGAAACUUGGGCCCGAAAGCUAGUCUGGAAAUUCUCCGGGAUACAGGGCAUGCAGUAAACUUCGACUCUCCCGAUUCCUUGAAUGAUCUGAUCAAAGGAUUUAUCUUGGAGUGAAACCCCAAGCAGGUUAUCCACCCUACUUAUAAAUCUAGCUGCAUUGGUUCAUAACAUCAAGAUCGCAUCACGUGGAAGAUAUUUGCUAGUUAUCUUUUUGACAUGAUUUACCUUCAGUGGAGUAUGGUUAAAAUACGCGAUAAAUUGUUGUUCAGAAAGCGUUUUUGCUCGAUUCUUAGAUGCCGGGAUGCCCUCGGCUCGGUAGGCAUAGUACAUAAGCUCUGUCUGUGUGUGUUUGUGUGUGUGUGUGUGUUUGAGUCUCAAAUGCAGCCAUAGUGGUGUCUGUAAGGCUGUUUUGCUUGUUUUUCCUUUUUUCAAAAAAGUGGCUUGUAGAAUUUGUAUAAUAGUUGUAUUGCAAGAUUUUGUUGCUUCA